AUGUUUGGACGUGGGAAUAUAGAGGACGCGAAACAGCUACAGGCUUCUUUCACACGCGCAAAAUCACCUCGGCGCAAUAAACGAAACCAGGAUAGGAGAAAUGGAAUCAACACACGACAGGGAGGUGCCUUAGUGAACCAUCGCCAGCAGCAUAACCAAUAUGGUCAAGGCAGUAGUGUACAGGGACGUGCUCAACUGGGCUCAAGUUUAAUAAUUCACCCUCGAGGAAAUGUGAUGCAGCAUCACCCUGUACGAUCAACUCAGGAAGGUAUUACCCCAACAUCUCGUCCUCAUGACAUGUCUAUGUCCCUCGGCACUAUAGAGCCACAAGCUAUUCUCACUGAGGGUAUACUCCCUCUACAAGGUCCCUCCGUCUCGCAGAAUGUAGCUCUUACGAUUCCUGCUCCGCAAGAGACAUGGCAAAAACGCCUUGCGUCCUCUAAUGAAGAGGGAAAUAUUGCAUCGAAGCGUCUUAAGGGCGGACCUACGGGGGGUUCGGCUCAACUGCAAAUGCCAACAGCCAACAGCCCUCCUCCACCGCAGUUUUGUGGACAAAAUUUUGGCCCACAGGGUGUAGAUGGUCAUUUCCAGACUGCUAAAGCAUCGACUCCAUCUCGCGAUCAGCUGCAACUUGCUUAUCCGACUCAAUCCAAUAAUAAUUUGGUGGACCCUACUUUAGCAUACAGCUCCGAUGCCUCUACCUUAGUCUCUCAGCGAGCCCCUUGGCACCAUUACUCGGAUUCUAUACAAUCCGAGAUAUCGAUCCUUGAUGAAGGGGGUGAGCCGAUUAGCCAAGACGUGAUGCAAUUCACUACUAGGAACGAGGCUCGCCAAGAUGAUGAUGUGGCCAUGGGUGGCGUGGAAACAAGCAGCAAAGUCAAAGUAGGCCUCAAAGCUUCACGAUGGAAUCCCGACAAUCCUAAUCGUUAUCCCGAGAAACAUUUUCCUGAGCACUUCUGGGGAGAGCCCAUGCGUGUUGAUCCGCCAACUCAGGAAAAACGUGGUCCUUCCGUUCCAACCGGCCAAACUGUGAUCAGUGGUAUCUCCAAAGGACCCGGUCUCGCAGACUCUCGCUGGGCCUCAUAA